AAUUAGAAUAUGCAUAUCCCAAAUCUAUUGGCCUUGAUGGGUAUUCCCUGUCUGUAUAUUUCAUACGAACCAUUUCUUGACCAUCAGAUAUAAACCUUUUUUUUUUCUUUCUUUUUUUUCCACAAGUAAUAACUCUCUCUAUCUAUCUCUAGAUCUCUUUCUCUCACUCUAAAACAGUACACAAAGACAUGUGUUAGCAAUAAAUUGAGAACACUGUUGCAGAGAUGUUUUUUAUAUAUACAAACUAGCUAGUUAGUACUGCUAAUCUUUAAGUAGUAUAGUUAUAAGCAAACAAGAAUUCCAUCCACUUUUCUUCUCCUUCUUCUUCUCACCCUUCGUUAUUAUUUUCUCAUCAUUCCUUAAUUAUUUCCAUCAAAAACCCACAUGAUAUAUAUCUCUCUCUGUUGAUGUUCAUUAUAUUUUAUGAUCAGUAAUCAAUCAAUCAGUCAAUCACCUUGGAACAACUUAUUCUCUGUCUAACUAUCUAAUCAUCACAUCAAAGAUCUAUAUCAACAAAAAGGAUCAUGUCAUCUUCAAUAUCAUCUUCUUCUUCAUCUUCUUCUUGUUUGGACCACCUUAUGAAUAUCUCUCCUUCUCCUUCAGACCAGCUCUGUUAUGUUCAAUGCAAUUUCUGUGAUACUGUCCUUGCGGUAAGUGUUCCUUGUACUAGUUUGUUCAAGACUGUUACGGUUCGAUGCGGUCACUGUACGAAUCUUCUCUCCGUUAACAUGCGAGGAUUACAUCUACCUACACCAACACCUAGCACUAAUAAUAAUGCCAAUAACAACAACUGUCACCUUCAGCUUGGCCAUGAUUUUUUCUCUCCUUCCUUUAACAUUCUGGAAGAGAUGCAGCAUCAAAGUGUGCAGACGCCAAACUUGUCUUUAAUGAAUCAAAGGAAUGAAAAUGCAUCUAUUGUAUCUUCCGUAAGAGGAGGAUACGACCAGCUCCCAAAGGCACCCCCUGUUAACAAGCCUCCGGAGAAAAGACAGAGAGUCCCCUCAGCGUACAAUCGAUUCAUCAAAGAUGAAAUACAACGCAUCAAAGCUGGUAAUCCUGAUAUCACCCACAGAGAAGCCUUCAGUGCUGCUGCUAAGAAUUGGGCCCACUUUCCCCACAUCCACUUUGGUCUGAUGCCCGACCAGAGUACGAAGAAGACUAAUGUGCGCCAGCAGGAAAGAGAUGAUCUUCUUCUGAAAGAUGGCUUUUUUUCUGCAACCACUAAUAUUGGUGUCUCCCCUUACUAAGAAAAACGGAUGGGAUUCAUUCAUCAUCUCUAGAGUUUCAUUUCAUAGUUUUCUUUCUUCAACUUGUUAUUAGUAGGAGUACUUGACAUCAAUCUGUCUUUCUCACUCUCUUUCAGUUUGUCUCAAGGGAACUCUUGACUACUUUUAACUGGAUCAAUUUAAGUAUAUUAAUUUAGAUCAUCACUUUAUCCUGCUUUA